AUGGCAAUCACUCGAGAAGCCCCAUCCAUCUACCAACAUGUCGUCGCCAGAGGGCCACCAUAUGAGCGCGGAGUUGCCCAUGGCCAACAAGCCGCAACCAAAGUGCGAGCCAACGUUGAGUACUACAAAACUCCCGGCAAACUAGCAAGCCUUGAAACCAUGCAAAGAAUCAUCAAAAACAUCUACAUCCCAAACAUAAAAGCUCACUACCCAUCUGGCUUAGAAGAAAUGCAAGGCAUCGCAGACGGAGCAGGAGUAUCUCUCGAAGACAUUGUCCUCCUCAACGCACGAUAUGAUCUCGCUCGUCUCAACGAGCCGGAUGAAACUGACCAGCCUGUAACCAACGGCACGAAUGGUCACCAUCAAGAUGACUACGCCAACGAGUGCACCAGCGCCUUCUUCCUAGAGCAAGCCACCAAGUCAGGGGAUGUGUACAAUCUCCAAAACUGGGACAUGUCAGCCCGUCUCUGGAGGGACGACUGCAUCAUCUACCUUGAGAUUCACCCUGAUCCAAGUGAAGCAAAGCCCUCACUCUUCCUAGUUACCGAAGCCGGGCAACUGGGACGCUCAGGCAUGAAUUCUCUAGGUGUAGGCGUCACGGCAAACUCCCUCAUGUCCACAGAGGACUAUACCCCCAGGGUUGGUGACACUUCCAAGCCUGUAUUGCCCAUCUCUCUUCUGAGACGAAUGGUCUUGGAAGCAGCUCACUUCGCAGAAGUGUGUACAACUAUCUACAACUUCCCCCGACAUGUUUCCAACAACCUCACCAUUGCUACAAGCGAAGGAUUUGGUGUUUGCUUCGAAAUAACUCCCUCCAGGGAAUAUAAGGUGUACAGCAACAUAGAUGACCAAUAUUUAAUCCACUCUAACCACUUCACCGACACGGCUUUCCUGGCCCGUUCGGAUGUCAGCGAUCGCUAUCCCGGGGGAAGCAGCUGGUUCAGACGACAGAGACUGGAGCAAGGCAUUCGGCCUUAUAGGCAUGGACUCAUAACUCCUGAACUUCUGAGGAGGUGCUUGUCGGACCAUCUCGGCUUCCCUGAGGCGCUGUGCUGCCAUCCUGAUCCUUCGCCAGACACCAUCAUCGGUGGCUUGCCGGGGUACCCUUUCCGCAGCGCCUCUGCUACAGUUGCGUCUGUCAUGUACAAUCUCUCGCAGCGCAAAAUUACAGUUUGCAAGGGGCCUCCAUGUAAGGGUGUCUUCCAGACAUUCGCACUUGAGGGACCGCAGUCCCUGGCUGGUCUCGGGCCAGGAGGCAAAAUAUUAACAGACAAGCAGAGACCCGAGACGCCAUGA